GUUUUGCUGUUGGGCAAGUUUUCACCUAUAUUAGUCAUUUCACAACAACUAAAGCAGGUAGAGACAGAAGUAUAGACAAUUUUUUUCGGCAAUAAGUUGCAAACACGGUGAAAACAGUGUCAUGUCAACGGUUGUGUCGCUAAAAUAGCCGCUAGCUGAAGAUAAGUUUGUUUUGCUGCCUUAAAGUUAGCUUGUUUGUUUAUUACGUGUCGAUUGUUUUGCAUUUAAACGUUAUGAUUGCAUAGUCAAGCACUUUCCCGGAAGCGAAAACUAAACUAUCCAUUGUAACGUGUGUAAAGUAUGUUUUUAUGCAGUUUAUUUGCAUGCAGUAAGUUCGGAGUGGCUAGCGUAUUAGCUUAGCUAACUAGCUAAGUUUUGAGUAACUUUGUUUCGGGCUACUUUAAGGGAUCGUCGUCAAACUUGCAGGCACGAGGGGAGGUAGUGGUGUGCGCGGCCAUUCCCUCGCUGCGCCACUUUAAGUGAAAUGGGAAGCCUUGAAACCUCCAUGUUUGUAUCUUGAAAUUGCGAGCGGAGUUGAGCACCAUAUUGAAUCAAAGUUGCCAUCUCCUUGACAAAUGUGUUGUAAGUUUCAGACGUCAAACUUUAGCAGGUAUCUGAGCGGACAACAGUGUAAGAAGUGUAAUGGACUUGGUUUAGGCGACUACUUGUUGCGAUGUUCCCCGGGACGCUUCGUUUUCCUUCAUGUUAACUUGGUUUAAUGCACCGAGUCAGCGAACAAUCUCUAACUUUAAAGUGUGAGGUCAGCACUCUGGACCAGACCUGGAUGUGAUGGACAAUCCGUCCUCAAUAAUCACCCAAGUCAGCCGGGAUGAAGAGGGAAACAAAGCCGCAGGAGAGAGGGGUUCUUCUCCCUCUGCAUCCACAAAGAAACCGAGGAGCGGAGGCCUCUUCUCCAGCCUCUUCUGCUGCCUGUGUCGAGACCAGCCCGAACCCCCACCGGUCAACAACAACGCCCCUCUGCUGGUCGAGGAGAACGGCACCGUCUCCAAGAUCCAGGUGAAGCCACUGCUGCCUCCAGUGAAGUCGAAAGACUCUGGAAAGAUCUGUGUGGUUAUAGAUCUGGAUGAGACGUUAGUUCACAGCUCUUUCAAGCCUGUGAACAAUGCAGAUUUCAUCAUUCCUGUGGAAAUAGAUGGAACAGUACACCAGGUGUAUGUCCUGAAGCGGCCGCAUGUCGAUGAGUUCCUGAAGAGAAUGGGAGAGCUGUUUGAGUGCGUCCUGUUCACUGCCAGUUUAGCCAAGUAUGCAGACCCCGUCUCUGACCUCCUUGACAAGUGGGGUGCUUUCCGCUCCCGUCUGUUUCGAGAGUCAUGUGUCUUCCACCGAGGUAAUUACGUCAAGGACCUGAGUCGCCUGGGGCGUGACCUAAACAAGGUCAUCAUCGUGGACAACUCCCCUGCCUCCUACAUUUUCCACCCCGACAACGCAGUGCCUGUGGCCUCGUGGUUUGACGACAUGUCCGACACCGAGCUGCUGGACCUUAUCCCAUUCUUCGAGAGGCUGAGCAAAGUGGAUAACAUCUACACAGUCCUCAAGCACCAAGGGACCGCAAGCUAACAGUGUUCGACUCCUCAUCUCAGCCCUGAACAAAAACGGCGUACAGAAAGGAAAACACCCACACCAGCGAGGCUCCAGCUCCAGCUUCAUUGCCAACCAGAUUGCGUCACGGCUGACCGAGCCUUCAUCCUCCCAGGAUCAAACCAAGAUCACCUUUGGGAGUCUUCUAUGACUUUAAAGGCGUCUUCACUGCCACCUCCUGGUCAAACAGAAAUAUCCCGGAAAUAUGUAACUUUAUCCCUAUCAGCCUCCAUGAACCAGCGGAUGUGAGUGAAUGCAUGAACGAAUGGAUGUUUAAGGACAUUUCUGCGGUGUCACUGACCUUGCAGUAGAGUUAAAGCAGAAGUCUGUAGCCAUGCAUCCUCUGGACACAGACUGGGUACUGGACUUCUCAUAUAUUCUGCAGCAGAUGCAGGAAUUGGUAAGCAGGAAUUGAGCGGAAAGGAAUUUCCGGAAACGUGCAAAUAAACUUGAUCAGUCUCGUCAUUGAAAGAGCAGAUGGUGUAAACGUACUGUAGAUGUCUUUUAAACACCCUAAUUUUGUCACACUAUUUGUCAAAAGCACGUGAUCCUCAGAUUCCAUUUUAGAGGUUUUAGAGAGAUGCGAUCAGGUAUUUUUGAAUAAUCGUCACAGUGUUAUGGAUGAUCAAAAAGAGUUAAAUUCACUAAAUAGAAAAUGAUUGGACAGCACUUUACAAGUAUAGUCUCUAUAGUACAGUCCUCCCUUUCACUGCAGUGUAGAAAUUGAUUUUUAGCACAUUUUUUGUACUAAAAACUUUAAAAAAAACAAAACAAAAUAGCAUUGCAUAAUAAAGGGGAU